GAGGGGAAUCGGCUGCCAUUGGCGGCAUGCAGCCGGCCCCGGAGCCGGGCCACGGGGCCCCUCAGGCGGCGCCCGCCCCGCUUCCCGCUCGCCGCGGGGGCUGAGGGAGGGAGGCGGGCGGCAGGCGGGGCGCCCCUUCCCCGUGACCCUGCGGCUCCUCCCUUCUCCCCCGCUCCUCAGGGCCGCCGAGUAACCUGGUUUUAACGCGGGCCCUCCUCCUUUCCCCCCCCCCCCCUCCCCUUUUCUUUUCCUCCUCCCUUCCCCCCCCCCCCCCCCCCCCCGCUUCUCCUCCAGCGUUAACCGCGGCUCGGGCUGCUCCCUCCCUCCCUUUCCCUCCCCUCGGAGCCGCCUCGCACGGAGACAUGUACCCGGGAGCCACCUCCGCCGGACCCGUGCUCGCACCUCCUCCACCAAUGCCACCACCAAUACAGGGAUAUGCCUUCAAACCUCCUCCUCGCCCAGAUUUCGGCACUUCUGGGAGAACAAUCAAACUGCAGGCCAACUUCUUUGAAAUGGACAUUCCUAAAAUAGAUAUCUACCAUUAUGAGUUGGACAUCAAGCCAGAAAAAUGCCCUAGAAGAGUUAACAGGGAAAUAGUGGAGCAUAUGGUUCAGCACUUUAAAACACAGAUCUUUGGGGAUCGCAAGCCAGUGUUUGAUGGGAGAAAAAACCUUUAUACAGCGAUGCCGCUUCCCAUUGGAAGAGAUAAACAGGUGGAGCUGGAGGUCACGCUGCCAGGAGAAGGCAAGGACAGGAUAUUUAAGGUGGCAAUCAAGUGGAUGUCCUGUGUGAGUUUGCAGGCUUUACACGAUGCUCUUUCUGGCCGGCUUCCGAGCGUCCCGUUUGAAACCAUCCAGGCUCUGGAUGUGGUGAUGAGGCACUUGCCUUCCAUGAGAUAUACUCCUGUGGGGCGAUCUUUUUUUACAGCAUCAGAAGGGUGCUCAAAUCCAUUAGGCGGUGGCAGAGAGGUUUGGUUUGGAUUCCACCAAUCAGUCAGACCUUCCUUAUGGAAAAUGAUGUUAAAUAUUGACGUAUCUGCAACUGCAUUUUACAAAGCUCAGCCAGUUAUUGAGUUUGUAUGCGAAGUUCUGGACUUCAAAAGUAUUGAAGAACAACAAAAACCUCUGACAGAUUCCCAAAGGGUAAAGUUUACCAAAGAAAUAAAAGGUCUGAAGGUGGAGAUAACACACUGUGGACAAAUGAAAAGAAAAUACAGAGUGUGCAAUGUCACCAGACGACCAGCAAGUCACCAAACGUUCCCACUUCAGCAGGAGAAUGGCCAAACAGUUGAAUGCACUGUAGCUCAGUAUUUUAAGGACAGGCACAAAUUAGUUUUACGCUAUCCUCACCUCCCAUGUUUACAAGUUGGACAGGAGCAGAAGCACACGUACCUUCCUCUCGAGGUGUGCAACAUAGUGGCGGGACAAAGAUGCAUAAAAAAACUCACCGACAAUCAAACUUCCACUAUGAUUCGAGCAACUGCCAGAUCAGCACCUGACCGUCAGGAAGAGAUUAGCAAAUUGAUGCGGAGUGCAAGUUUCAAUACUGACCCGUAUGUUCGUGAAUUUGGGAUAAUGGUCAAGGACGAAAUGACAGAUGUGACUGGUAGAGUCCUGCAGCCUCCCUCGAUCCUCUACGGAGGCAGGAACAAAGCAAUUGCUACGCCAGUUCAAGGAGUUUGGGACAUGAGGAAUAAACAGUUUCACACUGGAAUUGAAAUAAAGGUUUGGGCAAUUGCUUGCUUUGCUCCCCAGCGCCAAUGCACUGAAGUUCAUCUGAAGUCCUUCACGGAACAACUGAGGAAGAUUUCCAGAGAUGCAGGAAUGCCAAUCCAAGGGCAGCCCUGCUUCUGUAAAUAUGCCCAGGGAGCCGACAGCGUGGAGCCCAUGUUCAGACAUCUCAAGAACACUUACACCGGCCUGCAGCUUGUUGUAGUGAUUUUGCCAGGAAAAACGCCUGUCUAUGCGGAGGUGAAGCGUGUUGGUGACACCGUGCUGGGAAUGGCAACGCAGUGUGUUCAGAUGAAAAACGUGCAGAGAACAACGCCGCAAACUCUGUCCAACCUCUGCUUGAAAAUAAAUGUCAAAUUAGGAGGCGUCAAUAAUAUUCUACUGCCACAGGGAAGACCACCAGUAUUUCAGCAGCCUGUCAUAUUCCUUGGUGCAGAUGUAACUCAUCCUCCAGCUGGAGAUGGGAAAAAGCCUUCCAUUGCUGCAGUUGUAGGAAGCAUGGAUGCUCAUCCUAAUCGAUACUGUGCCACUGUUCGGGUCCAGCAGCACCGCCAAGAAAUCAUCCAGGAUUUGGCUGCCAUGGUCAGGGAGUUGCUUAUCCAGUUCUACAAAUCAACCAGAUUUAAACCAACUCGUAUCAUUUUCUACAGAGACGGCGUUUCCGAGGGGCAGUUUCAACAGGUUCUCCAUCACGAAUUGCUGGCUAUCAGAGAAGCGUGCAUUAAACUAGAAAAGGAUUACCAGCCUGGAAUUACGUUCAUAGUUGUGCAGAAAAGGCAUCACACCAGACUCUUCUGUACGGAUAAAAAUGAACGGGUUGGAAAAAGUGGAAACAUUCCAGCUGGCACCACAGUGGACACAAAAAUCACCCAUCCAUCAGAGUUUGACUUUUACCUGUGUAGUCAUGCUGGUAUUCAGGGAACAAGCAGACCUUCGCAUUACCACGUCCUCUGGGAUGACAAUCGUUUCUCUUCGGAUGAACUGCAGAUUCUCACCUACCAGUUGUGUCAUACGUACGUACGCUGCACUCGUUCGGUUUCCAUCCCUGCGCCUGCCUACUACGCGCACCUGGUUGCCUUCCGAGCCAGGUACCAUCUGGUGGAUAAAGAACACGAUAGUGCUGAAGGCAGCCACACUUCGGGUCAGAGUAAUGGCAGAGAUCAUCAAGCACUUGCUAAAGCAGUUCAAGUUCAUCAGGACACGUUGCGCACUAUGUACUUUGCUUGACAUGUUUUAAUGUUUAGCGACUCAGUACAAUAGAGAGUUGGAUUCACAUGAGACCAGCUGCACUUAGACCAACAGUUGCCCAAGCUACAGUGACAGCCAGCAAUGAGGGACGCAUCUUAAUUUCUUUCCCAUUUGCAAGAAAGCCUUCCGUCCAGAAUUUCAGACUUGCUUGUGAACUGCAUUCUUGUACGAAACCCCACGAUUGUUGGAAAUGUGGUUUGCCAAAAUCUCUAAGCUGUCUGUUAUAAAACAGACCCAUAUUUUAGAAUUGAAUCAAGAGCUGUGAUCUCAGGGCUUAGGGAAAAACCAAACAAAAAAACAAAACAAAACACAAACCUCUUCAUUCAGCUUGCUAUUCAUUUAACUGCAUUUAAUAAUUUGGAGGGAUCUAAUUCAUGCUAAAGUUGGUGGGCAAAAAUGCUGUGAAUUAGCUUUUAAUACAAAGGAAAAGCAAAGCGUUUUUUGGCUCUUUAUGAAGCCUCGAUUAUUCUAGAUGCAUUUACAAAGUUUUUAUUUUCAAAAGAGUGACAAAAUUCUGGUUUUCAACUGUCUUACAAAGAUUGUUCUCUCCGUGUCUAAGGGCAAAUGUAUUUUCUGAAGCUUGUUCUUGAAUGUUUUUUAUUGUGCUGCAUUUAAAAAUGUUUUUCAUAGACUAAAGAAGAAUUUAAAAAAAAAAAAAAAAAAAGGAACGAACUCGUACCUAAACUUUUAAUAGGUCCAGUUAGAUUGGCAAAAGAAGACGUGCCAUUUUUAGGAAACAAAAAUUGUAAAGGAUUUUUUUUAAUCACACUGACAGCUAACUUUAGAAUUUGUCAUACAGGACUGUGACACUUACUUUCCAAAGUCUCUAAGGAAUACGGGUCUGUGGUGAUAAAAUACAGUACAAUCCUCUUUCACUGUUAUGUUUGAAUUAAUGUAAAUUUUAUAUAUGUUUCACAGUAUUAAUGUGAUAGACUAGAUGCUAUUAUUUAUUUUUAUUUACUAAGGAGUGCUCAUUAUGCUUCUGUUAACAUAUCAAGAAUGCUUUGGAUUUCGAAAUUAAAACCUUCUCGUGAGGACGUUACUCUUCAAAUGCAAAAAAAAAUAUGCAACUGACUUUGUGAGAGCUCAGAGAGACGUACGGUGUGUAUUGUGGAGCUUGCGAUUUGUAGAAGGGCUUUUCAAGCGUGCACACAGCAGAGCAGGUUUUACCUGCGCCGUUCAGAGACGCACACGAGACCAACGUUCUACAUUUGCUCAAGCACAAAAGACUUGUAUUUUAUUUAUGUGUUGAUUACCGGUGAAGCGGGCGCUCUGGUAGAGGAGAGUGGUUCACUGUUUGUAAUUUAGACAGAAGUCAGAGAAUCUAUGCAGUAAAAGAUAAAUCUUAGGAAACUGAAGUUUACUUGUGAAGGGAGGUGAAACUCUCUUCAUUAUGCAUAAGGUCAAUGGUAAAUGUGAGAGUUUUGCCAUUCUUUUAGGAGAAGCAUUAAUUAAAACUGAGAGUUGUUAGACAAA